UAUUUUCUUAAAUUAUCUGAUACUUCAUUACAAAACAAGAAUGGGUUUUGUCUGAUGGGAUGCUUGCUCCUUAGUGCUUAACCCCACGUUCUGUUUCUUUUUGUUUCUGAAUUAUUCACGUCUCGUUGUUUGCGUGUGGCUCUCUUCAUUAGAAAAAAGACAUCAUCUUUUCUGAUGUCGGUAGAUUUAAAGUAGCAAUAGAGGCUUUUCGGUAGUUGCAGUGCUGUCUUGUUGACCCAAAACAGUCCCGUUGAAGCUCUGCUUGUCUUCCUUCUUCGUCCACACCACAAGAAGUGGAAAUGGGGGAACACUUGGGGCAGCUCAAGUUGACGGUGGUGCAAGGAAAAAGAUUAGUGAUCCGGGAUUUCAAGAGCAGUGACCCGUAUGUUGUUGUCAAAUUAGGCAGUCAGGUGGCAAAGACUAAGGUCAUAAACAGUUGCCUCAAUCCUGUUUGGAACGAAGAGCUAGUUUUCUCGCUCACAGAACCCCUUGGAGCUUUAAAUUUGGAAGUGUUUGAUAAAGACCGUUUCAAGACUGAUGACAAAAUGGGACAUGCCCACUUCAGCCUCCAACCGUUAGUCUCUGCUUCUAGAUUGAGGAAGGUCCUAAAGGUUUCUUCUGGUGAGACGGCGCUAAGAAAGGUUGUACCCGACAGUGAGAACUGCCUCGUCAGAGAAAGCUCCAUUGCUUGCGUCGAAGGCGAAGUCGUACAAGAUGCUUGGUUGAGGCUUUGUGGGGUCGAGUCAGGGGAAAUUCAGCUGAAGAUGAAACUGAUAGACACUCCAGUUGCAGGCACCAGAUAAGGCCUACACUCAUAACUAUGUAUGGAAAAGGUGAAAAUUCA